AUGCCUCGCCUACAAGCUGCUCGAUAUGGCAAGGACAACAUCCGCGUGUACAAGGUCGAGCGUGAUGAAGCCACCAAGACUCACACGGUUGUCGAGAUGACCGUGUGUGUCCUAUUGGAAGGAGAGAUCGAUGUCUCAGGCAGACAACAGUGUAGUCGUCGCCACAGACUCAAUGAAGAACACCACAUACAUCAUGCCAAGCUCCAUUCAAUCACUCCCGUGGACCAAUGGGCGGCCAUCCUAGGCAACCACUUCAUCGAGAAGUACGACCACAUCAAGAUCGCCCACAUCACCGUCGUCCAACACCGAUGGACCAGAAUGACUGUCAACGGUCAGCCUCAUCCACACUCAUUCUUCCGUGACGGCGCCGAGAAGCGGGUGGUUCAGGCAGACGUCAGCCGCAGCGGCAUUGACAUUCGCUCCGGCAUCUCCGAUCUACUGGUCCUGAAGAGCACUGGCUCCGAGUUCCACCACUUCGUCCGGGACGACUUCACAACACUUCCCGACGUCUACGAUCGUAUUCUGAGCACAUCAGUUGACGCUGGCUGGACAUGGAAGUUCUCGAGCCUCGAUGAGGUCAAGCAAAACGUCGCCAAGUUUGACGACACGUGGACCAAGGCACGGGAGAUCACCUUCCGCCUCUUCGCCCUGGAGGAAAGCCCGUCUGUGCAGAACACCAUGUACAAGAUGUGCGGCGAGAUUCUCGACGCCCAGCCGCUCGUCCAGACAGUCGACUACUCGCUGCCGAACAAGCACUAUUUCGAGAUCAACCUUGAUUGGCAUCAUGGCCUCAAGAACACGGGCAAGGAUGCGGAGGUGUACGCACCGCAGUCGGAUCCCAAUGGUCUCAUCAAGUGUACCGUCAGCAGGUAG